UUUAAUACAAAGUAUUUUGAACUACAAAUUUUAUAUAGAAAAUUGCUAAAAAAAAAUUAAAAACACCAUCCUAAAGAGAGCCUAAACCUAUACCUACAACAACCAAAAACAUAAAAAAAAGUCAAUAAAUUUUUUGAACCCGUCUAUUGCACGUUACAAUAAUUGAAGCUGCCACCUUCCCCUUCCUCGCCCAGCUCGCCCAGCUCUCCAGCUAACUACGAUGGGCUCCCAAUUCUCCAAGCAAAUCGAACGCCGGAAAGCCAUUGCUGCCGAGAAAAAAGCUCUAGCCGACCUACUCUCCGCCUCCGGCGAUCUCUUCCCCGGCUCCGACUACCACCCACCCAACCGCACCAACUGGAUCUCCCAACUCGGCGAUCUCGAAAAACUCCGCCUCUCCCAAAUAGUCUGGCCCGGCACCCACGACUCCGCCACCGACUGCAUCGGCUUCCCCUUCAUCUCCCGCCCCUUCGCUCAAUGUCAAUCCCUCUCCAUCUACGGCCAACUCUCCAUCGGCGCUCGUUUAAUCGACAUCCGCAUUCAACAGGACCGCCGCGUGUGCCACGGCGUUCUCACCACUUACCCAAUCGACCACGCCCUCGACCAGAUCAUCAAAUUCCUCUCCGACUCCCCUUCUGAAAUCAUCAUUCUCGAGAUCCGAACCGAGUACGGCUACGAAGACCCACCCGGCUUCGAUUCUUUCCUAAUCGAUCGGCUCGGCGACCGCCUGAUCCACCAUGACGAAGCCGUCUUCUCCCGCACCGUCGCCGAGAUCCUUCCCAAACAGAUCAUCUGUAUCUGGAAGCCCAGAAAGGCGCCGCAUCCGCCGUCCGGCGGGCCCUUGUGGAGCGCCGGGUAUCUUCGUGACAACUGGAUCGAUACGGAUUUGCCUAAUACCAAGUUUGAGAGUAAUAUGAAGCAUCUGGCGGAUCAACCGGCGGUGACCGCGAGGAAGUAUUUUUACCGAGUGGAGAACACCGUGACGCCGCAGGCCGAUAAUCCGGUGCUGUGUGUACGGCCGGUUACCGGUAGGAUUCAACCCUAUGCUCGGCUUUUCAUUUCGCAGGCUUUUGCUCGUGGAUUUGGGGAUCGGUUGCAGGUAUAUUCUACUGAUUUCAUUGAUGGGGAUUUUGUUGAUGCUUGCGCUGGUCUUACUCUUGCUAGGAUGGAAGGGAAGGCUUGAGAGGUCUUAGUACUUAGUACUUGCUUUUCUUUUAAUUUUAGGGUGCCCAAAAAUAAAAAAAAAAGGUUUGGAGAGGCUAUAAUUAUUGUGAAUUUUGUCUUUAAUGAUGAUAAAUAAGGAGUUAAGAGGGGUUUUUUUGG